UUCGCCGGAAGAGCAGUCCGUGCCGUAACGUGUGGAUGUUUUUGCGUUGAAACAGCUGAGAAAACAAACAAGAAGAAACAAAUGUUUUACCUGAUGAAGAGCGGCAGGAGCGGCGGCGGUGGCGGCUCUGAGCCGCUCGACAGUGUCGGUAACAUGUCUAAGAGCGACAUACUGAGAGGGAUCAUCACCGAGAAGCUGAGCACCGCCGCCCGGGAGAUCUUAGCGGUGGUGGAGAGGACUGUAGCCGACUAUGAGGAGGAGGCUGCGGGCUUCAGGCGGGAAAUCGGGCGGCAGAGGAGGCAGCUGGAGCUCCUGCAGCCUAACGUCUCUCUGGAGAAAAGAGACCUGCAGCCUGAGGUGGAAGUCGUGGGAGAGGACAGAGAGGAGCGGCAGCACCAGCAACAGGCGGGUGUGGAGGACACUGGGAGCUUGGGACUGCUUUGGUAUGACGACAAUAAUGAUGAAGAAGAGGAGCAGUUGGUGCAACAAGCAAUAAGUUCCAGACAAAAACGAGAAGAUCUGAAGGACCCGGAUUAUAAAAUACCAUCAAGGUCAUUUUCUCCCAGAGUUCACACUGUCAGGAAGAAGCCCGGCAGACCUCGCAUCAGUGACACAAAGGACCAUGUAGAUCUCAGAGUCCGCAUCCUGGAGGACUCUCAGACCGAUGUGCUCUCUCAAAAGGUGUUCAAGAAAUUCCCAGUGCAGGACCUGAAGUGUCCUCUUGGUCUACAAGAAGCCGACUUCCUGGACCUGUUGAAGUCCACCUUUCCUCAACUGGCAGAUCAUACGCCUUUUGACUUGUUCACAACUGACAGAAGCCGGAGGCUGCAACCUCUGAAAGUGAAGAAUGUGACUCCAGAGGAGAUCCAUGGGGCCAUUAGAUCAACCGGAUACUCGGCCCUCUACAUCCGCCUGAAGACGGGUCAGGAGGAAGAGAAAGAGCUUCCCCCUUCACCAACAAAUGAUGACCUUCCAUCUAGCGAUGUCAUGGUAACAGAAAGCAAUAAAGCUGGACUUCAGUCAAGCAGCCCUCCUGUUCAACAUGUAGACAGUACCAGGGUGGACAUUUUAGCUGGCAGCUCAACAUCGCAAAAGCAGAAUCUGCAAACAGAUGAAGAUGCUGCUGAGAGUGAAGUGGACAGCAAAGAUGCAUGUGAGGCCUCGGAUGUAGACGACUGGACACCCAAUUCCGAUCUCCAGCGUCCAAAAAAGAUGAAGAAACAAGUCUUCAAAAGUGGUGUGAAGGAGACUGCGAAGAGUAAAACACCGUGUAAAGUGUGUGGAGUGUGGUACAGGAACCUGGGAAGCUUGAUCAAACACACCUGGAGUCACCUGAAUGAGCCGCAGGGUGUUUGUGGAGUAUGUGAAGAGCGUUUUGAAUCUGUGGAAGAGUUAAAGGGACAUCUCAGAAAUCACCAGAAAACUCAUGACUGCUCCUAUUGUGGGAAGUCUUUCUUCAGCAUCGUCGGUCUUAACAACCACACCUAUCUGCACACGGGAGACAGGCCAUUUAAAUGUAAGAUGUGCAGCAAAACCUUUGCUCAUAUGUCUGGACUGAGUGCUCACCGUUGGGUCCAUGUAGAAGAAAAACCGCACAAGUGUGAUAUUUGCCCAAAAUCCUUUGGUUUGAAGGCACAGCUAAAAGCUCACAGCAAGGUGCACACCGGUAAAGACCGAUACUUCUGCAAUGUCUGCGGAAAGUCUGUCUGCGACCUACGGUCUUUGACCCGGCACAGACUGACACAUUCAGGAGAGCGGCCAUACGGCUGUCAAAUAUGCGGGAAGCGUUUCAAACUGUCCAGCAACUUGAAAUCCCAUGAGAAGAUCCACGCGGCCAGGGAGCGACCUUUCCUCUGCCACAUCUGCUGCAAAGCCUUCUUGUCAAACGGCACCCUGACAACUCAUAUGAAGACACACAGUGGUGAGAGGCCGCACGUUUGUGGCGUGUGCAGCAAAGGCUUCGUGUCAAAUGGCGAACUCAAGGUUCACAUGCGAGUGCACACAGGCGAAGCACCGUACAGCUGCUCCGAGUGCGGCCGCUUUUUCAAGCGGAAAACUCACCUGACCAACCACAUCAGGAGCCACUUAGGCAUCAAACGGUUUGUGUGCGGGAUUUGUGGGAAAGCGUGCUCUCGACAGGAACACCUGACAGUCCACAUGAGAACCCACAAUGGUGAGAGACCGUAUCAGUGCACCAUCUGUGACAAAGCCUUCACCCAGAGCCACUGUCUGAAGACACACAUGAAGAGCCACCAGGCAGAAGAAAACACUUUCCCAAGUCCAUCGACAUCCUAAAAGACACUGAAAACAACAACAUCGUCUUUACUUUUACUCAUACUUUAAUUCAUCUGCUGCAUCUUAGAACUUUUUUUUAAUGAACAGUUUGGUACUAAAACAUGAUUCUCAAGCCCUUUUUUGCCCUUUGUAAAACAAAUGUGUGCUCUGUUUUACUAAAUUAU